GGGCGGUGGCUGCGCACGCGCGGCGAGGGUCUCGGGGCGGGGCCUGGUGCGGCUGUGAGUAGAGGCGAAGCUGGGUGGUGGGUGGCUAUGUGGACCCGCCGCCGGGCGGUGGGGGUGUCCUCCCCCUCGGCCUCUGAGGGCGGCACGUCCUCCGCUGCAUGGACCGAGAUGGGGUCUUGGAUGCGGACGAUCGCGGGGAGGCUGAAGCAGCGGCUGCGGCUGGACGUGGGGCGCGAAAUCUGCCGCCAGUACCCGCUGUUCUGCUUCCUGCUGCUCUGCCUCAGCGCCGCCUCGCUGCUCCUCAACAGGUAUCUUCAUGUCUUAAUGAUCUUCUGGUCAUUUGUUGCUGGAGUUGUGACAUUCUACUGUUCAUUAGGACCCGAUUCUCUCUUACCAAAUAUAUUCUUCACAAUAAAAUACAAACCUAAGCAAUUAGGACUUCAAGAGUUAUUUCCGCAAGGUCAUAGCUGUGCUGUUUGUGGUAAAGUAAAAUGUAAACGACAUAGGCCUUCCUUGCUACUUGAAAACUACCAGCCCUGGCUAGACCUGAAAGUUUCUUCCAAGGUGGAUGCAUCUCUCUCAGAGGUUCUUGAAUUAGUGUUGGAAAACUUUGUUUAUCCUUGGUACAGGGAUGUGACAGAUGAUGAAUCCUUUGUUGAUGAACUGAGAAUCACCUUACGAUUUUUUGCAUCUGUCUUAGUACGAAGAAUUCACAAGGUGGAUAUUCCAUCUAUUAUAACCAAGAAACUAUUAAAAGCGGCAAUGAAACAUAUAGAAGUGAUUGUUAAAGCGAGACAGAAAGUAAAAAACACGGAGUAUUUACAACAAGCUGCAUUAGAAGAAUAUGGUCCAGAGCUUCAUGUGGCUUUGAGAAGUCGAAGAGAUGAAUUACAGUAUUUAAGGAAACUUACUGAGUUACUUUUUCCUUAUAUUUUGCCUCCUAAAGCAACUGACUGCAGGUCCCUGACUUUACUUAUAAGAGAGAUUCUAUCUGGUUCUGUAUUUCUUCCUUCUUUGGAUUUCCUCGCUGAUCCAGAUACUGUCAAUCACUUGCUUAUCAUCUUCAUAGAUGACAGUCCUCCUGAAAAAGCGACUGAACCAGCUUCUCCUUUGGUUCCAUUCUUGCAGAAAUUUGCAGAACCUAGAAAUAAAAAACCAUCUGUGCUGAAGUUAGAAUUGAAGCAAAUCAGAGAACAACAAGAUCUUUUAUUUCGGUUUAUGAACUUUCUGAAACAAGAAGGAGCCGUGCACGUCCUGCAGUUUUGUCUGACUGUUGAGGAAUUUAAUGAUAGAAUUUUGCGACCAGAGUUAUCAAAUGAUGAAAUGCUAUCUCUACAUGAGGAAUUGCAGAAGAUUUAUAAAACAUAUUGCUUGGAUGAAAGUAUUGACAAAAUUAGAUUUGAUCCCUUCAUUGUAGAAGAGAUUCAAAGAAUUGCUGAAGGCCCAUACAUAGAUGUUGUGAAACUGCAAACCAUGAGAUGUCUUUUUGAAGCAUAUGAACAUGUUCUUUCCCUCUUGGAGAAUGUGUUUACCCCUAUGUUCUGCCACAGUGAUGAGUAUUUCAGGCAACUUUUAAGAGGUGCAGAAUCGCCAACACGCAAUUCCAAGUUCAACAGAGGUAGCCUAAGUUUGGAUGAUUUCCGAAGCACACAAAAAAGAGGAGAAUCAUUUGGAAUCAGCAGAAUAGGUAGCAAAAUUAAAGGAGUAUUCAAGAGUACUACAAUGGAGGGAGCUAUGUUGCCCAAUUAUGGUUUGGCUGAAGGUGAAGAUGACUUUAUUGAGGAAGGUAUUGUGGUACUGGAAGAUGAUUCUCCAGUGGAAGCUGUGAGCACACCUCACACUCCCCGAAACCUUGCUGCCUGGAAGAUCAGCAUUCCGUAUGUUGACUUCUUUGAGGAUCCCUCCUCCGAAAGGAAGGAGAAGAAGGAGAGAAUUCCUGUGUUUUGUAUUGAUGUUGAAAGAAACGAUAGACGAGCAGUUGGACAUGAGCCUGAACAUUGGUCUGUCUAUAGAAGAUACCUUGAAUUCUAUGUACUUGAAUCAAAACUAACAGAAUUUCAUGGCACAUUUCCUGAUGCUCAGCUUCCAUCCAAAAGGAUCAUUGGUCCCAAAAACUAUGAGUUCUUAAAGUCGAAGAGAGAGGAGUUUCAGGAAUACCUUCAGAAACUUCUGCAGCAUCCGGAACUGAGUAACAGUCAACUUCUGGCAGACUUUCUGUCCCCUAAUGGUGGAGAAACACAGUUUCUUGAUAAGAUACUUCCAGAUGUAAAUCUUGGGAAAAUUAUAAAGUCUGUUCCUGGAAAACUAAUGAAAGAGAAAGGUCAGCAUUUGGAACCAUUCAUCAUGAGUUUCAUUAAUUCUUGUGAAUCCCCAAAACCUAAACCGAGUAGACCAGAACUGACUAUUCUCAGCCCCACUUCGGAAAACAACAAGAAGCUUUUCAAUGAUCUGUUUAAGAAUAAUGCAAACCGUGCUGAGACUACAGAGCGAAAGCAAAAUCAGAACUACUUCAUGGAGGUGAUGACUGUGGAUGGAGUCUAUGAUUACCUGAUGUAUGUAGGACGAGUAGUUUUUCAAGUUCCAGAUUGGCUCCAUCAUCUUUUGAUGGGCACUCGAAUCCUCUUCAAGAACACACUGGAGAUGUACACUGACUACUACCUGCAGUGCAAGCUCGAGCAGCUCUUUCAGGAGCACCGGCUCGUUUCCCUCAUAACGCUUCUCCGAGAUGCUAUAUUUUGUGAAAAUACUGAACCUCGGUCCCUCCAAGAUAAGCAAAAAGGAGCAAAACAGACUUUUGAAGAAAUGAUGAAUUACAUUCCAGAUCUGAUAGUCAAGUGUAUUGGUGAAGAAACCAAGUACGAAAGCAUCAGGCUUCUGUUUGACGGCUUGCAGCAGCCAGUGCUCAACAAGCAGCUGACCUAUGUUUUGCUGGACAUUGUGAUACAGGAACUGUUUCCAGAGCUAAAUAAGGUACAAAAGGAAGCUACCUCCAUGACAUCCUGGAUGUAAACACUUGGUAUAGAAUAAAAUACCAGUAUAAUAGAAAUGUACUUUUUCUUUCACUUUGUAUAUUUUUAUAAAUAUCAUGUACUUUAGUGUUUGAAAUAUAUUUUUUUGUUUUAAUAAAGACUAACAAACUUAAUAGCAAUAAAAAGUGAUUAAGUAUUA